AUGUAUCAAGAUAAAAUUGAGCAGGAAGCUGUGAAUUCUGAGGAUUUAGGGAAGCAAGAAUUUCAAGCAAUGUUUGAUGGGAACGAUUUUUCACAUCAGAUAGCAUUUGAUUUCUAUAACCAUUAUGCAAAAUCUGUUGGUUUUGGUGCUAGAAAAAGUAAGACUUGGAAAAAUAGCAAAGGAGAAUAUGUGAAGCAAUUGUUUGUGUGCUCUCGUGAGGGAUUUAGACCAGAGAAAUAUUAUAAUAUAAAAAACAGAAAAAGAAAACCGAAAUCUGAGACUCGUUGUGGUUGCCUGGCUAGGUUUGUAGUUCGUUUUAUGGCUUACACUGGAAGAUGGCAUGUGGCUUUGUUGGUUGAAUCGCACAAUCAUGAUUGCCUUAAUCCUAGGGAUAUGUAUAAUGAGAUUGCCAAGCGAAGGCGUCAUGUCCUAGGUGAUGCUAAAGCAGCAUUGCAAUACCUCAAAAACAAGAAAGCUGAAGAUCUUUGCCUCUAUUAUGAGCACAUAGUUGAUGCUAAAGGGGUAUCAUGA